GCUACAGCAAUGACACGAUGGAACCAAAACUUGGCAUGGACAUUUAGCCUACAACACAUUUAAACUUUUGGUUCGGUAGAAGAUUCGUUGCCCCUGGCCGCUGCUGUUCUAAGUGCUCCUCCCUGGCUCAUCUGCAAGGACAAACAUGUCAUCAACAACUUCCAACCGAACACAUCAUCUAACUCUGAUAGCUGCUCUUGGGGUUUUGUGUUCAGUGGUAUUAUUUUUUGUUUACUUUCAACCAUCAUCUACUGUAUGUCCAUCUCGAUUGGAUGAUUUGCCAUUUUUGGCAAAGGGAAAUGUUUCCUCAUCUACCAAAAAGCCAGAAAAGCCUGUGGACAAGCCGCUUGUGUUGCUCUGGUUCUGGCCACUGGGUGUGAGAUGGAAUUUUAAAAUCUGCAAAACCCAUUUCAACAUCGAUAGCUGUGUUCUGACAGAUGACAGAUCCCUUUAUGACAAAGCAGAUGGAGUGGUUAUUUUUCACAAAGCCAUCAGAAGGAACAUAAAGAACCUGCCUCAGUCUCCUCGUCCACAUUUUCAGAAAUGGAUCUGGUUUCAUGUGGAAUCACCAACAAAUACUGCCAGAAUACCAGGUCUGGAAAACCUCUUUAACCUCACUUUGAGCUAUAGACGAGAUGCUGACAUCACAGUGCGAAAUGAAUUGACAACCGUGAAGACUGAAAAGGAUAGUGACUUUGUGCUGCCCAAGAAGGAUAAAUUGGUUUGUUGGAUUGUGAGCAACAACAAUCCUUCAACUGGGACAGGAACCAGAGCAAGGUAUUAUCAAGAGUUGGUCAAACACAUCAAGAUACAUGUUUAUGGUUCUGCUUUUACAGGGAGUCGUUUGAAGUAUGAGGAGUAUUACUCAAACCUUGCUAGCUGUAAAUUCUACCUUGCAUUUGAGAAUUCAAUCCACAGAGACUACAUCACAGAAAAGGUGAACGGACCACUUGUAGCAGGAACCAUACCAGUAGUCAUGGGCCCACCCAGACAGAACUAUGAACAGUUUAUCCCAGCUGGUUCUUUCAUUCAUGUAAAUGACUUUACUAAUGCAAAGGCACUAGCUGACUUCCUCCUCCAAUUGGACAAGAAUGAUGAGAUGUAUGUAAGUUACUUCACAUGGAGGAGGUACCUUAAGGCCAAGCCCCACCUCCUGACAAUGCAGGAAGAGUUUAUUCAACCUGUUUGUUUAGCCUGUGAAUACAUGGCAAGAGACAAAGGAUAUUAUAAUGUUGUCCACAACCUUUAUGAAUGGUACUUUGGUUGAGGGUUUAGCCAUAAUGUUGUAAGCACAGAAAAUAUCAUUUUAGCUUAGCUACGUAAACAGAAUAAAAUAAAAAGUGUACUCUGAUUUGGGGCUAUUUUGCAUCAAUUUAAAGGAUGGGCACUCAAGGUUUUGGGGUCGAUUUGUUUAUUUUUAUUAAACACUUUGGAACCAGCAUACACUGUAAACCCCAAUGUGUUGUCAUUACUCAAAACUUUUAAGGAAACCCAUUGCACUUAAAACCCUUUACUGCAGUGGGCUAAAUCAGCUGGUCACAGAGUUAUUCGUGGUAGUCUUAAACAAAACUACUUUGAAACCAAAGUACACACAUCACACACAUGGUUAUGGGCUUAAA